CCAAAAAUAUCGGCGAACAAAACUGAUCAAAUUAUUAAAAAAAAUUAAAAUAUUUGGAUCUACUACAGAAAAACAAAAACAACAGAGAAUUUUAUUAUUACGGAAAAAAUAUUACAAAGCCGAAAGAGCAAAAAAAAGAGCUAAAUAUGUAGCAAAUAAAUUAAGAGAAGAACUUAUGAAUAAUAUGACAAAGACUGAAAACAUUUCUAUAAAAAAUAUAGAAGAUCAAUGAAAAAAAAACAAAUUCCUCAACAUCAGUUAAUUGCAAUACAAGAAAUAAUAAAAACUACAAAACAUAAAAAUCUUAAAGGUCGUAGAUACAAUAAAGAAUGGAUUUUAUUAUGUAUGUUAAUGCACAUGAAAUCACCUAAGGCGUACAAUUUCUUAAGAGAUAAUCAAAUAUUACCCGUUCCGUGUGUUAGAACUAUACAAAGAUAUCUUUCUCUCAUUGAUUCUUCAUGUGGCUUCGAUAUGAGAUUUUUUGAAAUGUUUAAAUUAGCGUUGGAUAAAAAAGAAGAAAUACAAAAACAUGGUGUAAUUCUGCUAGAUGAAAUACAUCUCAGGGAAUCUGUUAAUGUAAACUCCAAAAAUCUUACAUAUACAGGGUUGAUUGAUUUCGGGAGUGAAAAUAUACGACCAAUUAAUCUUGAUGAAACAGCAGAUCAUGGUUUAGUGAUAAUGUUUCAACCACUAGCAGAUUUUUAUUCUCAACCAAUUGCAGUAUUUGCUUCAAAGGGAUCUGUAGUAGGAGAAGUACUUGCGCAACUUAUAAUUAAAGCUAUAGCAUUAUUAGAAAAUAUCAAUGUUAAAGUUCACGGUAUAAUUACCGAUGGCGCUGCAACAAAUAGAAAAUUCUGGGAUACACUAGGUGUACAGG